AUGACCGAGGAUAAUAAAGCAAAAUGGAAAUGUGACCAAUGCUUCUUAAAUGCGCAAAACAAUUUGUCAGUAAAUGUUCCUACAAAUAACUCGUUCGAGAUCUUAACUGACGAUGAAAACUCGGAUAUAAUGACCAUAUUAACGCAAAAUAGCAAAACUAAUAGCUGCCCAGAUUUGAGAAAGUUAAACAUGGAAGAUAGAAUAGAAAAUCUUGAGACACAAAAUCGAGAACUAAAAGAAAAACUACAAAUUGCUGAAGCUGAAAUAGAAAAUAUUUUAUUAGAAAAUACAAAAUUAAAACAAUUACUUUGCAAACAUGAAAUAAAAACAAAAUUUUUAGCAGAUAUAUGUAGCCCAACCUUAAAAAAAACUACCACGACCAGAAAAACCAGAAAGAGUAUAAACAAAACAGUCUUGGAUUUUCUGGAAGAUGAAAAGGAGGAAUGUAGCUCUAAUAAUUUACAACAAAUUAGUAGCACGCCAUCUAGGACUAAAGAAAAAAGUCAUCGAGGAAGCGCCGGCGAUCUAAGCACCCCGAGUCAUCAAAUCCAUAAUAGUUCUCCAGCCUCGUCGCUAGAUGACUCUGCUAAUCAAAAAAAGAUGAGGAAGCCUAUUAUCCAUAUAAUCGGUGAUCAACAGGCUAGAGGCUUGGCAGCGAAAUUAAAAUUAUCACGUACUGGAUUACAUAAUGAUUGCUACACCGUCUCUGCUUUAGAGCUUGAAGGUAAAGGAGACGAUGUAGCUUUUGAAGACAGUGGAGAUGAAUCAGACCACAUAAGCUGUCACGAAGAAUCUGACAAGGAAAGUAUGAUUGGAGUAAAAGAAUCUGUUGAUACCGAAAUACUACAAAACGGAAGUAGUAAUUCAGAUUCAGAAAUGGAAGAGCCGUCAUUAAAUCUUACUUCAACGGGGAUUUAUAAAGGUAAAGAUACGGUUUGGAAGAAAUGUCCCCCAAAUACUCACGUCCGCAACAAGUCUCAAAUACAGUAG